AUGCUCACAUUCACCACCAAGGAGGUACCGAGGACAAUCAAAUGCCUAGGUGCCAUCCUGAACUGUUACUUGUACAAGAAAAAGUAUGACGUAUGCUAUAAGUGCGGAGACCUGGGACACCGAUCCGAUGUGUGCGAGAGCAAGGAGGAGAAGUGCAGGGGCUGCGGCAUCCCCAACCCAACCGAGGGACACGACUGCAACCCCACCUGCAAGCUGUGCGGCCAGCCUCACCUAACCGGCGACAAAACCUGCAAGGAGAUCUUCAGAACCCCAUACAUCGUUAAGAAACGCCAAUGGGAGAAGCUCCAGCAACAGGAGGAGGAAGAGAAGCUAUCAGAACAUCGGAGCAGGCGGGACGAGAGCAAGACGCGGGCCCCGAGCAAGGAGCGACUCCGGUCCACAUCCUUCCCAAGGCUACCACAGCAGGCCACCACCACCCCGCCCAAGAAGCAAGGGGCACAGCAGGCCACCACCACCCCACCCAAGAAGCAAGUGGCACCACCCACCAAAAAGGUAGGCUGGGAAGCGGGGAAUUCCCAUGACUCAGACAUAGUGAGGGAGCUCAAAGAACAAAUGAAGCAACAACACGAAAUGAUGAAACAGCAACAGGAGCAAUGGAAGCUUUACCAGGAGCAAACACAAGCUCAGAUGCAGGAGCUCCGUAAUCACGUUAUCGAGCUGCAAAGGGAGAACAAUGAGCUCAAAGCUCAACUCAGACAACCGGAAGCGCAUCAGGAGGCCAUGGACGAUAAGUCAUCCGAAGCCGAGACAGAGGCGGCUGCACCGCCAAAGAAAAAGCGAGUUAAAAAGAUCGAUUCAGGCCUUGAGAAGGCCGAAGGCAGGGUAGACAAACUUGAGGUAGACAUGCAGCAACUCAAAGAGGUAGUACAACAGGUGGCCAUAGCUACCCAGCGUAACGCGGAGAGGAUAGACCAACUCUCAGCCCAGCUCAGCCAACUAGUCACCCCAAUGGGAACUAGAAUGGACCAACUGGCAGAACAGCAAAAGCAAAUCCUUCUGAGGUUGAAUCAUGGCCAGAUUCAACACUAG